AUGCGUUUUGCGAACCUUCAUAUGCCAUCCAUCAAUAUGACGGUUUCUGGUACAGUACAAAAAACUUGCAAGGAAUCCUCAAUAGCAAAAAAACACUUCAAAGCUCAUGAUUCUGACAUUCUUCUCGUCAGCUUUCCAAAAUCUGGAACCACUUGGCUCAAAGCCCUAGCCUAUGCGAUACUUAAUCGCAAGAUCUAUGAUCCAACAAAUUCAAAUUAUGAUGAGAGCCAGUCUCACCCUCACCCUCUCCUCACUGCUAACCCUCAUGAUCUUGUACCUUUUUUAGAGAUCAAUCUCUAUAUCCAUGAAAACAUCCCCGAUAUGAGCUCGUUCCCGUCACCAAGGCUCUUAGCAAGCCAUAUGACUUACAUUUCGUUGCCAGAAUCAGUGAAGUUGUCAAUGUGCAAGAUUGUGUACUUAUGUAGAAAUCCUAAUGAUAUGUUUACAUCAACGUGGUACUUCAUCCAAAAAUACCUACCGCAAGGCCAACAGCCCAGGUCGGUUGAGAAAACAUUUGAGAACUUCUGCAAAGGAAGGAAUCCUUAUGGCCCAUUUUGGGAUCACAUUUUGGGAUACUACAAGCAGAGUUUGGAGAGGCCAAAUUAG